CAAACAGAGAGGGCUGGAACAGAGAGACUGGAACAGAGAAAGAGAGGGUAGAAAGGGAAGAACCAUCGACAGAUGGACUCUGUUGUGAUUAAAGAUGGCGGCAGCCUUUACUGCAGACUACGAAGGACUAUACUCGAUCCAUAGAAAAGCGGUGGGAGUAGUCUGCGAUUCAACACAACAAAACCAGGAACCACACAGUAAGGUAAACCAGCAGAAACAAAUGGAUGGCAAAGACAAACUACUAUGGCGACAUUCUGCUUUGGCCGGGCCUUCUCGUGUCGUGGUGAUGAGAGAGAUGUUCCCAUUACUGCAGCCUGAUGUGUUUAACAAUGGUGCAAUGGAAUCCUCAGUGAAUGGAUGUACUGCUGGAGGAUGUGUGAAGAAGACGAUCGAACUCAAGGAGUUUUUUUGCAGUGGCAUAAGUAGAGGUCUGGAUCUAAUAGUUGUGCAGUGUGGGCUCUACGGGGACGUGGUUUAUGGAUGCUGGGACUAUGAGCAUAAGCGACAAAAGGGACUACUUAGCAGACCUGGGUGGCAGCUUCACUGAGGAUGCUCCUAGACCUCCAGUUCCAGGAGAAGAAGGCGAGCUGGUUUGCAGUGAUGGACGCCAGUACGGCAGCCUUGGCUUCUCCGCGAGGAACGAGAGCCUCAAAUGCGAGGCGUCCGUGGCGACGCCCAGGCGACCUGACUUGGACCUGGGCUACGAGCCGGAGGGAAGCGCUUCCCCUACGCCGCCUUACUUAAAGUGGGCCGAAUCUCUUCACUCUCUCUUGGAUGACCAAGAUGGCAUCCAUCUGUUUAGGACGUUCCUCAAGCAGGAGGAGUGUGCGGAUAUGUUGGACUUCUGGUUUGCAUGCAGUGGCUUCCGCAAACUUGAAGCUAAUGAGGGUAACGAGGAGAAGAAGGUCAAACUGGCGAAAGCCAUCUAUAAGAAAUACAUCCUGGACAACAACGGGAUUGUUUCCCGACAGAUUAAACCAGCCACUAAGUCCUUCAUCAAAGACUGCGUCAUGAAGCUUCACAUUGAUCCUGCAAUGUUCGACCAGGCUCAGACUGAGAUACAGACAAUGAUGGAGGAAAACACAUAUCCCUUAUUUCUUAAAUCUGACAUAUAUUUGGAAUAUACGCGGACAGGAGGAGAGAGUCCCAAGCUGUACAGCGAUCAGAGCUCUGUGUCUGGGAAUGGAAAAGGGCUAUCGGGUUAUUUACCGACUCUAAAUGAAGAUGAGGAGUGGAGAUGUGACCAGGAGCCAGAGGAGCAACCCGAGUGUGACCCCGCGCCGAGCAACCGGCUCACUCAGAAGCUCCUAAUGGAGACGGCACCACAGCGUGUUGCCAACAGCGCGAGAUUCCAGGACAGUCACGAGUACAGGCAUGCACCAUGUCGGGAGCCCAUCAACCCGUACUAUGUCAACACUGGUUAUGCUCUGGCUCCUGCCACCAGCGCCAACGAUAGUGAGCAGCAGAGUAUGUCCAGCGACGCAGAAACAAUUUCCCUCACUGACAGCAGUGUAGAUGGGGUUCCACCCUACAGAUACCGCAAACAGCAUCGCCGGGAGAUGCACGAAAGUGCCAAAGCGAAUGGGCGAGUGCCACUACCUCAUAUUCCACGCACAAACCGGAUUCCAAAGGAUAUCCAUGUGGAGCCAGAAAGGUUUGCUGCAGAGCUGAUCAGCAGACUGGAGGGAGUGCUGAGGGAGAGGGAGGCUCAGGAGAAGCUAGAGGAACGGCUGAAGAGAGUACGAUUGGAAGAGGAAGGUGAUGAAGUGGUGUCCACAGCCACAGCAUUAUCCAGUCACAGGUUCCCCCCUGGUGCUUACUCUCAGAACUACAGCUCCCACUAUGCUGACAACACCUACAGUGGUCCUUUCCUGAGAGAUGCUCACGAGGAGAACCCUGAGAGCAUCCUUGAUGACCACGUCCAACGGGUCAUGAAGACUCCUGGCUGCCAGUCCCCAGGCACGGGCCGUCACUCUCCCAAGUCACGCUCACCAGACGGCUUCCCAGGGGGCAAAUGGACAGGACUCGGAGUGGCACAGGGUAAACAUCCAUCCAGGCAUGGUGUCAAGGGAGACGCCAGCCAUCUGUACCACCACAAACACGUGCACCACAUCCACCACGCGGGCAUCGGGAAGCCCAAAGAGCAGGUGGAGGCUGAGGCGGCCAUGCGUGUGCACGGCAGCAUUCCCUGGAGCACGGAGACAAGUCAUUAUGGAUCAAAGUGUCGCAGCUAUGCAGAUGGCAUGGGAUCCAACCCCAUGGAGCACACAGGGUAUAGCAGCAAAGGUGGCACACAGUUUAAAAGAACAUUCAAGAAAGGCGAGGAAGUUCGGCCGUAUGACAUGCCAGCACCUGCAGAGGAGAUGGAGAAAAACCAGAAGAUCCUUUUGUGGCUGAUGGAAGGACAGAAAGAAAUGGUUCAACACAAACGGAGCCCAUAUGGGAGUACCACUGGGUCCAAGAGGACCACAGGCCACGAGCCCCAACUGCGGAACAACGUGCAGCCGUCUCACCCUUUUAUCCAGGAUCCCACCAUGCCACCAAACCCAGCUCCCAGCCCCCUCAUCCAACUAGAGGAGGUGCGCCGGCGGCUUGAGGAGGAGAAGAUAAAGUCUGGAACCGUACAACCCAAGCAAAGGUAUGUGAUGGAGGUGAUCCAGAGGGGUCGCACCGCAGUCAGGCCUGCACUGUUCCCUUCCCUCAGCGUGGUGCCCGCCGUCUCUGACAGCGAGCUCUCCCAGUCCGAACACAAAGCCACUAAAAAGCAGCCAUGUGAAAACAUUACGGUGGCGUACUACUUCUGUGAGGAGCUGAUACCGUACAGGACGUCUGUCAAAGGGAGAGUCGUCACACUGGGCCAGUUUAAAGAACUGCUGACAAAGAAAGGGAAUUACAGGUAUUAUUUCAAGAAGGUAAGCGACGAGUUUGACUGUGGGGUGGUGUUUGAAGAGAUACGAGAAGAUGACGCUAUCUUGCCCAUCUUUGAGGAGAAGAUUAUCGGGAAAGUUGAGAAAAUUGAUUAAAUGUCACGUUGAAGAGGAAGGAGUCAGAAAGGCAGCGCGUGAUGGAGUGAGGAGCAAUCGGAUGGUGAAGAGGAAGUGUUCUAGAACUGAGACUGGAGAAGAAAGUGAUACAGUACAAGUGGAUCUAGAGCUGAGGGGUAAAGCAGUGGUCAUGGCGGACGACUUGUGACGUUUGAGGCUUGGUAGCACCACUGCAGUGACAUUGGAUUAGAAAAAAAAAGACCUCAUUCGCUUCUUUGGAGUGUAAUGUAGCAUUGUAAAGUUUACUAGAUAAAUGAAGAACAAAAGUGCUACUAAAGCUACAUAUUUUUGAUAUGAUGUAUCAGAGGGUGUCCUUUCUAAAGUAACUACACUUGUAAUUUUUAUAUGUAUUGGUACCAGAUGUGUACAGUUUGUGUUAAAAGAUAACAAAAUUUUAUAUCUAUUUAAGUAUUUAAGAUGCUCAUUUUCAAUUCUAUUGAAGCAGGAGUGUCGCCCCUGUUGAAGACGAUCAAAAUCCUUUUUAGGGCUGAUUUUUCUUUUUUGUUUUUUCUUAUUAAUUUCAAGAGCCCUCUGGACUCUUAAUGUUUCUGCUCUUAGUGCUUUUAAUAUUUCACUUGCAAGUACUUUAUUUUGUGGCAUUCAGUCAGGCUGCACUUUCAUUGUAUUAUAAACCACUGACUUUGUCCCAGUGUAGGCUGCAACAUGAAUUCGUAAAGCACCAAACGUGGUGGCCAGAAAAAUGGAAACCCCUGUGCAGUCUACGGUAAUCCAGUACAACAGCCCAGAUUGUACUUUUAAGAAAAGUAUAAUGAUUUAUGACACUGUAGGAGAGGAUUUAUGUUGAUUUUUUGGGCUCAAACUUCAUGGUGGUGUUGUAAUAUAUUUAGGAAACAGUUUGAAGUAGAAUACAAUUCAGUAUAUCAUCACAAACUCAGCCUUAAACAUGCUCUAAUUUGCAAUAGCUGUGACUAAUAGUUAGGCAGCUGUCCUUUGGCUCAUGACAAUCUUUCCUUAAGUUUGUGAAUCUCUAAGAAAGUAAUGCACUAUUUAUGAUAGGCCCCUCCCACUGCACGCCUUCUUUUAGCCAAUUGGUGUGAACACCAGCUACACCCUUGCUGGUGCUGCCAACUUGGCGACUUUGUCGCCAGAUUUAGCAACUUUUCAAACCCUCUUAGAGGCUUAGCAACUUAUUCAGACCAUCAGGGAUACAUUGUUGUUCAGUUUACUGUAUGAUGCUCAGAAUAAGCAUAGUCCACAGCUCUUUGGCCUCUCCCCUUGUGCUGUGGAGGAAGUGGGGGUAUUUAUGGUCACAUUGACCCUCUUGCUCUCUGGACUGGAAGUGUGAAAAAGUGGUGCACCGGAGUGUAAGGGCCAUGGCUGUCAUCAUCCAGAUGUUUUUUUGAGGAUUUUUCUAUUGAAUCUAAUUUAGCGACGUUUUAAUGCUUCAGUUAUCCCAUAUGCAAAUCACUGCCUGUUGACAUCACCAAUAUGCAAAUACGCAUAUGAUGCAUCUGGUGACCUUUUGCAACUUUUGGAGCUAGUGGCAGACACUUUAAUUUGAAAAGACUUGAACACACUUGACCUGCCUGCCAAAUUUUAGCCUCUUAGGGCAAAAACUGUGCCUGCAAAGGGUGGGGAAAUGUUUGAUUACCAAACAACCGACUAGCAGAGCGAGUUCUAGAGCUGCUGGUCGGGCAAUAAAUGACCAUAGCGUGACAUCCAUUCUUCACUCACACUCUCUCAAACAUAAACUAAAGAUCAUACAUGAUAUUCAUUGUAGGGCUGCUUUACUGGGUUGCUUUACUGCAUAUUAUACAGGUUGUUUUAUCUUUCUGGUUAUCUUGUAUACACUGGAUGUGAAUGUAGCCACUGGCUGUGUUCAUGUACAGUGUUUUAUUGCAGUGAUUUUACCCAAGCCAGUUGAACUUUUAAGAAAAUUGACUAAAAGAAUAAAACAGUAGAUGCAAUAAUGUUUAGAAAAUAGGUGUGAUUGGAAAGUGCAAGGUGAACAUCUAUGCAAGUUGGGUCCCCUAAUCUAAAAACAACUUUGAGCAUUUAAAUUUAUUAACUAAAUACAAAAGUUGUUCAAAACAGUUAAGAACAAUCAGUCUAUUAAUAAAAGCCUGUUUUUUUUUGUUUGUUUUAAUUUAGGUGUUUAGAUGAUAUUUGGCUGAUAUUUCAGUUGGGUCGCAGCCAAUAAUCUUCUCUAAAGGUUUUCCAAUUCUGGUGAUUAAUCCUGAUUGCGGGUGAGUAAUUUGACCUUUUUUUUUUUUUUUUUUUUUUUUUUUUUUUUUUUUUAAAUCGUCAGUGCCAAUGAAAAUUUGCAAAACACUUAGUCUUGCCAAUUUUCUUCAAUAUUUCCAGUUAACACUGAAUGAUGCAGUUUCGGGUUCAGUUUCUAAAGUCAAGUUCUGCCUUCAGCUUUGAAGGUUAAUGUUGUUUAUGAAGCAGGCGCUUUCCCACAUGUGGACCUGCACACUCAAGGUCACGCUCGCAGUGCGGAGAGGCUCCUUGAAGCGGUUCAACAGAGAUCAUAUCACAGCAUUUUGAAUGAGAAGGCCAGUGAAUGUCAUCAGAGUACUAUCAAACAUGUAUAUGUUUGUGCAAUGAAGAUCACAUAAAGGCAUAUUUAAACAUACUGCAUGUGCUACUAUUAAGAGGAGGGCUAACAGACACUGAAACGUUUAUGUUUACAUCUUUUUUUUUUCCCCCUGACUUCGAGGUCCGUACAUGUUAGUUUCUCUGAUCCCCCCCAAGACUUAUUGUCCUACUUUUAAUUAAUGCUUAGUUGAUCGAUCACUUAAGAAGGGGCCUUCUCUAGCUUAUCACAGCGACAUCUUGUGCCUGGCAGGAAUGAAUUUAGUGCACAUGAUCUACUUUUGAUAGAUCACGUUACACCAAAGAGAAAAUAAAAAGGUAGAUGGUUGAUAAUGUAGGCACGCUCUUGAAUUACCCUUUCACAUUGAUACUGUAUUACCCUUAAUUUUGUGGCAGCACUUUUUAUUCGGUGUCCUUGUUAUUAAUUUGUUUAUAUAUAAACACUGAAGCUCAGAAUGUUCUUCGCAAUGGACGUGGUGUUCUCUGAUUGCAGUUUUUAAUGCAUCUUGUUAAGAACAUCAGCUCUGAAAGCAUCAUGUGAAACACUUGCAGGACAUUUAGACCUUAUUAUUGCACACUGAAAAAAAAUAUGUGUCAGCCAGUUUUGUUGUCUCCUCUAUUUGCCAGUGUGGAUGAAACUUUUGCACUGGAAUAGCACAAACUGAAAUCAAACUAAGAAUCAUGUUGGGGAAGCAACAUGACAUUCAAGGCCAAUGUGAUUUUUUUUUUUCUGUCAUUGUGCUGGAGUCCAUAGUGAGGAACGUGCUCUAAUAAAACCCUUUUAUUUGUUAUGGAAUAGGCAGAAGGAUAAGUUGACCAUGAGGCCGGAGUGCUGUAUCAUAUCUGUUGCUGCAUAGAGAAUAUCUCAUUUUUUUUGAGAUGCUGCCUUUUUUUUUUUAGAUUUCUAACUUAAAUCAGUUUAUAUAUUCAUAUAUAUAUUCACUGCAUUUGCCUCUCGUGUCUGUUAAAUUAUACAUGUUUGAGCACUUGAUCAAGUGAAAUACUGUAAGUAUUAGCUUGAUUUUCAUUGUUUAUUUCUUCUGAAAUAUACAGUAGAGUAUCAAAACUGUCCUGAUUCUUUAAACCCCCAAAAGUAAGUUUCCCUUAUUUAAGAUCAAUGAAAUGUAUAUAAUAAACAUCAGAGUGCCUUUAUUGCUAUGCUAAUGAUGUCUGCUGUGUGACUUUCAGACAGAUGUGGGGAGACAGAAAUACCAGGGAUUUGCUAUAUAUAUAUUUGUUUUUUGUCUGUUUAGACUUUUUUUUCCUUGUUUAAUGUUAUUCCACCUUUUCUAUGUAAAUAUGUACAACUUAAAUUUGUCAUCAACCAGCAGCCCAGUCCGCACAUUCAGAACCCUGGACCUGUUUCUGUUCACUAACUAGCAUGGUUACCGUUUAAAGGUACCUGGACAAUAAAUACAUGCAAUAAACCAGCGCUUGAGUUCA